GAAGACGUCGAGACCGAUUGGAUCGUACCCGGAGGUUCAUCUGGUGGGUCAGCUGUAGCUGUUCAAUUAGGAAUAGCUGAGAUGGGCCUUGGUUCUGAUACUGGUGGUUCUUCGAGAAAUCCGGCAGCUUUCAAUGGGUUAUUCGGUUUGAAACCCACCUAUGGAGUGCUAUCGCGACAUGGUUUGGUUCCACUGGUGAACUCUAUGGAUGCUCCGUCCAUAAUAUGUAGAAGUGCCAACGAAUGUUGGAAUUUUCUUGGUGCGUUAUUUUUCGGAUUAUUGGAUAUAACUUUCGAAAUGAAAGAAAAUAUGACUGGCAUUGAUCAGCAUGACUCCACCAGUGUUGAUUUACCCUCCACAAGUCAAAUAACCAGUGUGAAAGGCUUGCGGAUAGGAAUACCUAAGGAGUAUUAUAAUGAGUUCCUGUCGGAUGAAGCUUGGGCCGUCUGGAACCAUGCGGCCAAUGUGUUGCAGAAGCAAGGCGCUACAAUUGCGCAGGUUUCGCUACCACAUACAAAAUACUCGUUGCUGUGCUAUCAGGUCCUUUCUGCGGCAGAUAUUGUGUCCAAUAUGGCUCGCUAUGUUGGUAUAGGUUUUGGUCAUCGCUCGAAGAAUGAAACUUCGACUUUUGAUUUAUAUGCGUCUACGCGAAGUGAAUCACUGAAUAGUGUCGUAAAGGCGAGAAUUAUGGCUGGAAAUUAUUUUCUUAUGAGAGAGCACAGGAAAGAAUUCUACGAUCGCGCACUGAAAGUUCGUAAAGUUAUUGCGACAGAAAUGUAUGACGUUCUAAAGAAUGUGGAUUUGCUUUUAACGCCCACCGCGACAGGAGCUGCUCCUCGAUUCUCGGAUCAUUACAAAGGUUUCUACAAGCGCGAGGAUCAUGAUGACUUCUACACACAACCGGCUAAUCUUGCUGGAUUGCCUGCUAUUUCGGUCCCAGUUGGGUCCAGUACGGAUGGUUUACCUAUUGGAGUUCAACUGAUAGGCAAUCUACUGCAAGACAGACUUGUGUGCGAUGUCGCUCAGAUGUUGUACGACGCUGUUGAAAAGAGUGAAAGAGGCUUUGAAUAA